CGCUAAAAAUAGGCAAAAACUUUUUUUAUAAUAACUAAUCUAAUGUUACUUUACAUAUAAUAAAUACAUUAAUCCCCUCUUCCAGAGUCUUAAUUUCACCAUGAAUGCCAUGACAAGCAUCAUCCCAUCAUCCACAGCAUUUCACCAUGACUCCAAUUACUACAACAAUCUCUUAACAACAUCUUCUUCUUCACUUCCACAUCUCAAACAAAUCCACGCCCGAAUCAUUCGUUCUCACUCGUCGUCUUCGUCCUCAUCUCUCGUCGUAAAACUCUUUCUUUCCGCCUGCGCUUUACCAUCUUCUCCUUUCCACUACCUUCUCUCCAUCUUUACCCAACUCGAAAACCCCGAACCCCGUCUUUCCAACAAACUUCUUCGCCAUCUUUCUCGAACCACCGACCCGGAAAACACACUUUUCGUCUACGCGAAAAUGAGAGACCAAGAUUUUGUUUUUGAUAGUUUUAGUAUUCCGCCGUUACUUAAGGCUUCUACUCGAGUUAAAGCGUUAACUGAAGGAAAGGAGAUUCAUGGGUUUUGUUUUAAAAUGGAAUUUGGUUCUGACCCGUUUGUGCAAACGGGUUUGGUUGGAAUGUAUGCUGCUUGUGGACAUAUCGAUGAUGCACGUAAACUGUUUGAUAAAAUGUCUCAACGAGAUAUUGUUGCUUGGAAUAUUAUGAUUCAUGGUUAUUGUGCAAAUGGGCGAUAUAACAACGUGUUGCCUUUGAUGGAGGAGAUGAAGAGAUCAAAUGUUUUCCCGGAUUCUAAAGUAUUUUCAACUGUUCUCUCUGCUUGUGCUCAUGCUGGAAAUUUAGAAUUCGGGAAAGCGUUUCAUCAAUUUAUGAAUGAAAACAAAGUUGUAGUUGACUAUAAUAUGCAUUGUGCACUGAUAAACAUGUAUGCAGCUUGUGCCUCCAUGGACAUAGCGAGUAGUUUGUUUAAAAAUUUGUCCCCGAAAAAUGUAGUUGUUGCUACUGCCAUGAUUACUGGUUACUCAAAUGCUGGAAAGAUUGAAGCUGCUCGUUUGAUUUUUGAUCAAAUGCCCGAAAAAGAUUUGGUUUGUUGGAGUGCUAUGAUUUCGGGGUAUGCAGAAGGAAGUCAGGCUCAGGAAGCCCUAUAUUUGUUCGAUCAGAUGCUGAGUUUGGGACUGAAACCUGACCAGGUCACUAUGCUAAGUGUUAUUUCCGCUUGUGCUAGUCUAGGUGCUCUCGACCACGCAAUUAAAAUCCAUACAUUUAUCGAUAAAAAUGGGUUUAGUGGAGAUUUACGUGUAAACAACGCACUUAUUGACAUGUAUGCAAAAUGUGGGGAACUGGAGAGAGCGAUAGGAGUCUUUGGUAGGAUGCAUAGACGAAAUGUCAUUACAUGGAGUAGCAUGAUUGGGGCAUAUGCUGUUUAUGGUGAUGCUUUGAAUGCUCUUAACCUGUUCCGUGAAAUGAAAACUCAAAAUAUCGAGCCAAAUGAUGUAACUUUUGUAGGUUUACUCUAUGCUUGUAGCCAUUCGGGAUUGGUUGAAGAGGGUCGGAAAAUUUUUGAAUCAAUGAUCAACGAUUACAAUAUAAUGCCUAGGCGAGAACAUUAUGGUUGCAUGGUGGAUCUCUAUGGGAGAGCUAAUUUGCUUAGAGAAGCUCUUGAAGUAAUCGAAGGUAUGCCCAUGGCACCAAAUGUUGUCAUCUGGGGCUCUCUAAUGGCUGCUUGUCGAAUCUACAAGGAGGUUGAACUAGGCGAGUAUGCAGCAAAACAGGUUCUUGAGCUAGACCCAUAUCAUGAUGGCGCACACAUCCUUUUAUCGAAUAUAUACGCUAAAGAGAAAAGAUGGGAAAAUGUUGGGGAAAUGAGGAAAUUGAUGCAAAAUAAGGGCGUAUUGAAACAACGUGGAUCAAGUAGAAUCGAAUUGGAUGGCGAGAUUUAUGAGUUUUUAACUGCGGAUAAAAGUCACACACAUACAAAUGAGAUAUAUGCCAAGUUAGAUGAGGUUGUAAGUGAGUUAGAGGUGGCUGGCUACACUCCAAAUAUGGGCAGCGUUUUGGUUGAUUUAGACGAAGAAGACAAGACAAAGGCGCUGUUAUGGCAUAGUGAAAAGUUAGCACUUUGCUACGCGUUAUUAAGAGAGAAAAGAGGAUCUUGCAUCCGUAUAAUCAAAAAUCUUAGAGUUUGUGAAGACUGUCAUAAUUUCUUUAAGCUGGCAUCUAAGGUUUAUGAGACUGAGAUUGUUGUACGAGAUAGGACAAGGUUUCACCUUUACAAGGAUGGUGCGUGUUCUUGCAAAGACUAUUGGUGACCGAGUGAUUGAUUAUGUACAGGAUUACAGGAAGAUACAAGAGUCAGAAUUAGAACGUCUUCAUAUCUAAUAUAAUCUUGAAAUAAAAACAUAUCCUGGUUUAGACUAUAAAUUGCUUGAUACUCUUGUUAUUUCUCAGUCCUCUUGUGUAGCUUUUGAAUAAUAUUUUGGUUUAAGAACCGUUAUUUAAACUUAAA